AUGUCCCCACCUUCCACAACGGAAUGCCCAGCCAAAUGGCACGGUGUCCAAGCAGCGAUCGACAAGCAAAUCACGGCCUACGAAUCUGCCAUCCUGGAACUGCGUACCCGUAGAAACGAUCACGCUCCUAUCUCCAAACUCCCAGUAGAGCUUCUUGAAGAGAUUUUUGUCUUAGCAAAACUAUCCGUCACCCGACAAUUUUCUUACCGUUCCCCGGGUGAUCGUGGUGGUUGGCUGAAUGUCGCCCAGGUAUGUCGGAACUGGCGCAAAAUUACCCUCAAUGCGCCUCGCAUGUGGGAUGAACUCAAUGCAUCAAGAAUAAGGCACCUCGAUUGGGCCAUUGCGAGUCUCGCCUAUUCUCAGAACGCGCCGCUCCGUGUAUGGUGCACAGAUUCGGAAAGUCAUUGGGCCAUUCUCUCCGUCAUUUUGGCCCACAUGGACAGGAUUCAACAUUUGGAUAUCAACUCGGACUCUGGACGUAAUUCCACUGUUCUCCUGAAGAUCAUAGAAGCAAUCGUCGUUGGAGCGGAAGUUUCACCUCUCAUACUCCAGUCUUUGCAUCUGCAUGCGCGUACCUCCCCGCUCAGUUCCAUCGAUGCUGCUUGCGAAGGGAUCCACCACGUCUUAUGCACAGCGCAGAUGCCCUUUUUGAAGACCCUUGAAGUCAUAGGCUUCACUUUGCCGCCGACCAUACCCAUAUUCUCGCAACUUCGUCAGCUUUCCUACACUCCUCCCUAUCAUAUUGUGCCAUCAGUGUCAUCAAUACUAUCGAUCUUGCGCAGCACGCCUUCUUUGAGGCGACUUGAGAUUGGCGGUGCCUUAGAAACCUCGAAUGAAGUAAUCGACGAAAGUACAGUAGUCGAACUUCCCGAGCUCUGUUCCUUAUCCUACACCACAACGCAAUUCAAGGGCUCUUCCUUGUUUCGGCAAAUCCGCUAUCCUCCCUCUGUACGAGUGAGGUUCAGAUCAGUCAUCUCUGACGAUGAUGGCCGCAUCACAUCCUGCGCCGACGAUCUGAAGGCUCUCUUGUCGCAUAUAGCAAGCGACGACAACAUGCUGAAUAUCGUUGAUGUGUCCAUAAGUAACCCUCAUGGUGCUUCCUUAUGGAUGAUUGUAGCCGAUCGUCAUGGUCUGGUACUGAACCUGCACUUCGAGUUAUCAAGCCAACCCGUACACCAUACAUUCAAGCUCUCCCUCAUGCUACCGCGCUCACAAGCUCCCAUCUUCUACGUUUCUGGAUUCCCCUCGAUAAAUAAAGAGGACUGGGAGACGUUGUUCAGACGACACGAACACGUGCAGAAGUUGGUAACCGAGUAUGUGGGCUCGAGCUGUAUUCAAGCACUUUUGAAACCGCCUGCAGCUGAGCAACCACCUUUUGCACAGCUGAAAACCCUACAAUUGUGCCAAUUCGAUAUUGAACUCAAUGUCGCAUUAGUUGUGCACCUCCUUGAAGAACGUAAGCAGCUCGGGUUGCCCAUCGAUUUGUUGGAAAUCGAUCAGUGCGAGAUAACGAAGGACAUUGUUAGUCGACUGGAGGGAUAUGUGAAGGUCGAGGGAGAUUUUGUAUUUGAUCAAGACACGCAAUCUACUGGUGAUAAAGAGGACAUCGGCGAAGACGAGUCGGAUGAGGAUGAGGAUUAG